AUAAUGGCGUACGUCGUACGCGCGCUAGCAGGGCGAGCGAGAUACGCUUCGUCAUGCACUGACGUUGGAAAUAGUGGCGUGAUGCGAAGGAAUUCCGAUCGAUCGGACUUGGCAGUCAGUCAGUCAGUCAGUCAGCCAGUUAGUCAGUCGCACGGCGGACGUGUGUCGCGCGACGUCAGGCAGCGAUCGGAGAGACGAGAUCUCGCGAUAACGCGGCACGCACCGCCGGCCUAUUAAACGCCACGAGUCCAUCGAUCAGUGGACCCGCCUCUUUAACUGAUCACUCGACUCGUACUUUGACCAUCGUGAGACAAUCCCGCGCGCCAAACGGUCAUCGGUCCAUUCUCUUUGUCAACGGUCGACUCUCGUUGUCCACAUUCUGUUCGUUUCUGUUUGUCGUUCGGAGCGAGCUUAACCGCGGAAAUCGAGCGUGACCGACGCUCGAUUAUCAAAGAAUUUACGUGCAUCGAACGAGUCAUCGUGACGACCAAUGGCGGUGCAGAUGACUAAUUCAUUUGCCGCGUAACGUUUGACCAAAGAGAUGCUAUCGAAAUGGAGCUGGAUCCUUUUUAAUCUUUUAGUCUACGUAACUACUGCCCCGUACAAUGAGGAAACUGUCCCGGAGAACGAAGCUAAAGCUUUCUUCGAACUAAUCGAGUUAGACUACGAAGAUGAAUGUUACAAUAUUGCCAAUGUUCAGUGGUCAUUUAUCGUAUCACCUUCCAAUAAAACAUUAUCGACAUGGGAGAAUGAACAAUAUACUUACACAAAAUUUACAAAAGCAAUGAAAAAUGAGGUAAUUGACAGGAUACAAAAGAAUAUGACAGAGCAGUUGAAACCGUCUCUUCGAUAUAAAUAUGACGUAAUUGAGAAACCUGGUGAUACCCUACUAAAAGAUGAAGAUUGGAAAAAGUUUAUACAUUUUGCUGGUAUGGUGGAGUUACAAUCAAUCAGUCAUCAAUUAUCAGUGAAUAAAUCGCGAAACUAUUCACGAGAAGACACGGAAUAUUUGCUCUCUCAUAGUGGAAAAUCUGAAGAUAAGCAAGCCGCCUGGAAUACUUGGUAUCUUCAGUUUAAAUCAUUAGUGACUAAUUAUUCAAACAAUUUGCCACUAGUUGCCGAAGCAGCAAAACAAAAUGGUGUCAAAAGUGUCAAGGAAUACUGGGAAAUGUUGUCAGGAUAUCCUGGUGGAUAUGACGUGAUAAAUAGUGAAUGGAGUCGGAUUAAUACUCUUCAUAAAAAGAUUGUAAAAUUUAUCGGUACAAACUUGGCACGAAAGUACGAUAUUACUAUAAAUGAUACAAUUCCUGCUUAUUUACUCGGUAGCUUACAAGGAUACGAUUGGAUGGAUAUAUCAUCAGACGCGUUGCCUUAUUCAGAAUUGAUCUAUGAUCUUAAAAAAAACCUCUGGAGAAAGAAAUAUGUGGGAAAAUCCCUGUACAAGAUUGCAUCCAAUUUAGGCUCGAUUUUGUUGAGACAAGUUCCACAAGCUGAAUUUUGGGAUAAAAGUGAAUUUAACCAACAAUGUCCAUCAAGAUUGUUAAACUUUUGUCGAGAUGGAAUGAGAAUUUCUACUUGCUCCAAAGCUAGCACGAGCAAUUUCUUGACAGCUCACGAAGACGUUGGAAAAAUAUUAUUUAAUCAAAUGACUGUACAGAAUACUCCUGUUCUCAAUAUGGUUAACAGAUAUUCAGGAUUAGAAGAAGGUAUAUCGACAUUAUUUGGGAUACUAUCGGCAAGUCCUGCAUGGCUCAAUCAUAUUCAUUUAAUAAAUAAUACCAAGGAAAAUAAUGAACAAUAUAAAAUCGUGUCUUUAAUGAUAACCGCUCUGAGUAUACUUCCGCGAUUAGCAUAUUAUUAUUCUGCCGAUUUAUGGAGAUUAAAUGCGAUUCAAGAGAAUAUUACUGAUCCGGCACAAUUGAUAGCAUCUUGGUGGAAGUACAGACAAGAAUACGAGGGUAUCUCUUCUACUAAUAUGGAUAAUCCUACCUUUAUGAACGAUAAUUAUAUUGUUAGAAAUAAGCCAUAUCUUCCCAAAAUUCUUGGCACAAUGCUAUCUUUUCAAUUGUAUGAAUAUACUCUGGACUCGACUGAAGUCAGAUAUGACGCUAUCGAUGAAAAAUUGAUGAGUAGCGCUAUAAUAAAAAUGAUUCAGCAUAGUGGCGACUGCGAGUGGCCAGACAUUUUGAAUAAAUUCGUUGAGAUGGACGACAUAUCUGUCGAUGCGCUUCUUUCAUAUUUUACACCGCUGGAAGAAUUCAUCGAAGAAAAUGAAGAGGACUUUGCGUAUAAAUCUGGAGCAGCAGCGGAUAAAGAGCUUGAAGAGUUGGAAAAACAUAUUCUGCGAGAAAUAAACACUCCUACUACAACGCCACCGCCAACUACUACUACAAAUAGAAUAACGACCAAAGCUUCAUCAUACAAUACAACGAGUAAUGAGAAAAAUAUGCAAUCAAAAGUAGAAAAACCUUUAGAAUCUAAAUCAUCUAUAUAUAUGAAAGACGAGCCAAAGGAUGGGUUGACUUUACCAACUCAGGUAUCUAAUAAGGAAUCACCAGCGAUACCCAAUAUCACGGACAAUACACAAAAUGACACACCAAAGAUUAAUACUAGUAAAGCGGUAUGGGCCGUAAGCGCAGUUCUCAUUGCGAUAGUAGUUAUCUGUAUUAUUGCAAUUUUCGGAAGACGAAGAUGUCGUAAAACACCAAAAAAUAGACGAUACGUUUAGCGAUAUAAAUUUUGGUUAUUAAACAUAUUUAUUUUUUUUCGCGCAUUUAGACGUUAAGAGAAUUCAAUCAUGUAAUUUAUUAUCGCAACAUUAUCUCUCAUUAAGAGAGUAAUUUUCAAAUUACUCUUUGGAGUAUUCGACAUCAUGCAUUCCCUUAGUAAUGUUCCUCGUAUAUGCUACGUACAUUUUUCUUUUCGGACGUCACUAAUGAUCACUAGCUCUCAUGGUUGUCUUAUAUCUUUACCUCCCAGUCUUGUCUAGGAAUGAGAGCUUUAGGCGUUUUCUUUAAAAUUACAAAAAAUCUUGAUGCUAUAUAGAUUCCUUGGUCGAUUUAUUUAUUGUCUCCUACGUUAUACGUUACAGAUAAUUACAAUUUGCAUCAUGUACAAAGGAAUGAGAUGCAAUUGCGAUUUUUGCAUAUUAUGUAAUAAUAUCUAAAUAUGCACACAUGCAUGCAUACAUAUACACACGCACGCACGCGCGCACACACACACACACACACACACACACACACACACGCACAUUUCUUGAUUUGUAAUUGCCAAAUCUAUACCUCAAUGACUGGUUUAUUAUUCCGGUCAUAUUAUAUAAUUGUAAUAGAGUUAACAAAGUUGUAUAUAAUUGAUAGUUGAAAAGAGACAUUAAAAAAAGAGAGUGUAAUUUAAAACUGGAACUUGACACGAUGAAAAAAAAUUAUACAUUUAAUAUUUCAACGUACUUAGUAUAAGUAGACUAUUUUUCUAUAAAUAUUAGGUAUUGUCUUCAAGUAUUGUGCGUUGUUUACCUAUCGUUGUAAAAAUUUAUAUUUUUUAUAAAAUAUACCUGUGUACACUAUAUACAUCUGUUUAAGCAGAAUAAUAAAACAUUUCAUAAAAAA